AUGAAGGCAGCAAUUCAUCUCACAGCUCUCAUUGCUGGUGCGGCAUCCAUGGCCAUCCCCCCCUCGCCGGAAAUCAAGGGACGCUACACGCAUGAUACCAAGCGCGGUCAUUACCCAACUGUAGACGAAACCAGCCCCCAGGGCCGAUCGGUAAUUUCGUACUUGAACGACAAGGAAGAUAUCCCUGAAGGGCCGACGGUCGACAAGACCAGCACCCGAGGCCAGUGGGUGACGUCGUACUCGAACGAAAAGGAAGAUGUCCCUGAAGGGCAGGCGCUUGAUCAGUCUGGCACCAGUACGGGAGCGACCGAGCAUAAAGGAGCAACACCUUCACCUGCAGCUUCAUUUGGCAGCAAGGAAUGGGUCCUGCCUGACCAUUGGCUUCCCAACGGUCCAGGGUAUCUGGAUAUGGAUGAGCUUGAGAAAGGCUAUCAUGCUCAUCUGAUGGUAAUGGAUGACUCAAGCUCUUGGCUUUAUUCGAGCCUCAGCCUCUUCAAGCGCAUCUUCAAGCCUGACAGCGCUUGA